UUAUAUAUAAAACUUUUAAAUUAAAAGUGUAAACGGCUAAUUUGUAUAUAUUAACAAAAAUAACAUAAGUAAUUUAAUUUAUAUUAUAUGAUUGUUUAGAGUUAUAACUACCACGAACAAUCCGCACAUGUGAAUAUUUAUAAUAUUUUAAGAGAUUUACAUUUUUUUUCAAAAUGUUGAACGCGACGACUACUUUGAAAAUGUACCGACAGACUGAAAAUAAAUUACAUGACAUGUUGCAUGGGAAUCUAUCAUUACUGAUAUUAAAUUAUCCACCAUCUAAGGAAUUCUUUAAGCACUUCAGAAGGGAUAUGUUUGUGAAAACUAACAAAGCUGGAUUCUUUGAAGUUGUAUAUUACCUUUUAAACAUACUAGACCCUGUUCUUACUGAACAACAACUUCCUUCUUGGCCUCCAUAUGAUAUUAAACGGGAAAACAAAUUUCGUUUGGAAUUGAUAAAAUACAUAACUUAUAUUAAUGCAUCUUAUAAACAAGCAGAUAUUCCUGUAAUGAUGGCCUCUCAUUUUGUUUCUCCACAUGGUCAAAAGAUUGUUAAGUUUCUGCUAAAAUUAUCACAAUUGGUUAUGUUUAGAAGUUUAUCAACAAAUCAUCCAGAAAUGCUAAUGCUCUUGAGCACAACCAAAAAUAAAACGAACAUGAAACUUGUACAAGAGAGUUUAAGUGCUGAAAUUGAAAAAAAUAAUUCUGAAGCUAGAGAAAUAACUGUAAACUUCUAUAAGGAUUUAAAUACUGCUAAGGAAGAAGCUAAUGUUAUGAUUAAACAAGAUAAAGAAUUAGAUGAACUCUUGCGAGAGGAGAGAAUAAAAAAUGAAAACCUUAAGAAAUUAUCUGUGAAUGAAGUGUCUAGUGUUGUGUUAUUACAAUCAAAAUUCCAAGAUAAUAUUCCAAUAAUCAAUAACAUCUGUGAAACAUUUAAAAAAUUACAAGUUCAACAACAAAAUCUAUUAAGUGAAAAUAGGAUUUUAAGACAUGAUCAGCAAACUGUGAAGGUACCUAUUGAUAAAAAUGAGCAGGACCUAAAUUUAAAAAUAUAUUUUCAUAGCUUAGCAGUAUUGUUAGAGAAAAGAAUUGAUGCUAUGAACAUGCCCCUAUAUAUGAAUAUUCUGAAAUCAAAUAUUGAUAAGGAAAAUAAAAUGUUAGAAAGAUACAUUAGGAACAUUAAUGUCAAAAUUGAUGUACUGAAAAAUUCUAACAGCUACAUAUCAAAAUUAUUUUCUGAGAACAGUUCAUUAACGUCCAAUUAAAUGUUGCUUACUUAAGUAUAUAAUUACUAAUUAUAUAUUUGAGUAGUUUCAUUUUCAUUUACUAAAUAACUCUCUUUUAUGUGAUAUAGUGUUAAGCAAAUUUAUUUUGUAUUCAUUUAUAAUUGUAAUAUAAUUUCAUAUCUA